UCAUCUGAUUGUGAAUGAUGUAACUUCAUUUCACUAUUAUGGCAAUUGUGUGUGACAAAAAUGUAACUCAUGUGCAAUAUAAGGAGAACAAGAAGUGAUGUAGCUCCUGAAAAUGAAACUCAGCAUACAGAACAUCACAAUGAAACUGCAAGGAUACUGAACACAGAAGAACCGAUUCUAAGGCUAGAAUAUCAUCAGCCAACAACAAGCAAAAAAAGAAAAGCAGCCCCAAAAAAGAAGAAAGCAGAAUCUGAAGAAUCAGACGAUGAAUAUGAAGAAGUGGAGACAAGCAACAGGCCGCCUUCUGUAAAUCUAAGAACAAGAGUAGGACCAGCCCCUUUCAUAAAGUUGAUUAACCAAUUAGAUGAAAGAAAAAAAGCAGCAGUUGAAAGGAUUGGAUUUGGGGGAUUACUGCAUUUAAACUUUGACAGAUUCUGUGGAGAUUUGGUUGCGUUUUUGUUGAAGAACUUUAGACCAAUUUCAGGACAGCUACAACUUGCCAAUGGUGAGCUGCUAGAUAUUGAAGAUGAAGAUGUCAAAGCUGUAUUUGGUCUGCCAAAGGGAAAGAUAGAAGUUCAAGAAGCGAAUGCGAAGAAUGAAACUGAAGAGUAUACCCAACUGCUAAAAGAAUGGAGAGAAGAAUGGGGGAUUGAUAAAGGAAGCACUCAAACAUAAAAAAUGAUUGAAAAAAUAGUUGCAGAUACUGACUCUGGAGACAGAUUCAUCAGAAACUUUGUGGUCUUUACAGUCUCUUGCCUGAUCAGAGGAAACCAGAGUGUUAACAGCAAUUUUAAAAUAUUGAUGUCUUUGGUUAAUGUAGCUGAUAUACCAAACAUGAAUUGGUGCAACUACACAAUAAGAUCGUUGAUGGAUGCAGGCGAGGAAUGGCAAACUAAUCAAUCAAAGAUGUUCAGUGGACCAUUACUGUUUCUAAUGAUAUGUUACUUUGACCGAGUACAAUUCAAAGGCCAAAUUAUGUAGAGUGCUUAUCCAACCAUUAGAAUCUGGGACAAGGAGAGAAUUGACAAAAGAGUCAAAGAUGAGAGAAAGGUGGGCUUUGGUCUGGGAAAGGUGACAAAGCGAAUAAUAACAGUCGAAGAGGAAGACAAAGAUGAAGAGGAAGCAGGAAAAGAAGAUGAAGAAAAUGAAGAUGCUGAAAUGUUGUCAAAGGAGGAUUGUGUGAAGGAGAUUAUAGCUGUGGCACAAAAGUUUAGUGAUGCUUUUGUGGAAUUCUCAAAGUUGCCGUCAACCAUUGCAAAAAAGUUCCCAAAUUCUGAUAUCUUGAAGAAGAUAUACUUGACCACAGCUGAUUACUUCAUCAAUCAAGCAAAUGGAAAUCAAGCAAAAGGAACUCAACGAUUAUCAGAGAAGUGUGUCCUUGAGGAAGAUGAUGACUUCUUUAAUGAGCCUGGAGUUAUGGAAGCCCUUGAGAAACUAGAGAAAGCAGCAUUCCUGAAAUUUUCAAUGCCUUCAUUUGACAUAGGAAUUGAGUUUAACAUGUCACAGGGUGAAGGCACAUCAAAAGUGGAUGUAGAAGCUGCGAAGACUGAAACUGCUCCUGAUGUACAAGAUGUGAUGACUGAAACUGUUGAUGGAGUGGAAGAUGUGAUGAUUGAAACCAUUGCUGGAAUGACUGAAACUGUUUCUGUUGAUGGAGAAGUGAAUGGUAAUGUUGAAGUGGCUGAAGUGGCUCAAAUGGCUGUUGAGGAAGAAGUGACUGGAGAUGAUGGAGAAGUAAACAAGGAAAUUGAUAAUAAGUCAGAGAGUGUUGGUCUAAAGCCAUAUACCAGAAAGAGAAAGCUUCGAAAGUUAGGUGAUUCAAUUGUCAAUUACAUAUCACCUUUUCUGAAGAAUAAUAGAAGGCUAUGCAAGGAAUUUAGCAGAGAUGAAAAGAUUGUUCUUGAUUGGGGAUUCUCAAAAGAAGUUGAAAAAGACUGUGUCUAUAUAGAUGAGGAAGGUGUGUUUAUAACUCAUGAAGAAAUUCAGACACUUCAAGAAGGAAAUGUAGACAACUCAAUAAUUGAUGCAUUCACUAAGAUUAUGAAUGACAGAGAAGAAUCAAAUAAGUCUACAAAGCGUGCCUUCAUUGCGUCAACCCAAGUAUAUGCAAUGUUUGAUUUUGCAUCUGGUGACCCAAUAGAAAAUAUGGUUGAUAGAUUGCAAAAAGAAAUAAAUGAUGCUGCAGCAGAUGUCACAAAAUUAGAUAUGAUACUGUUUCCCAUUCACAAUCAUGAGCACUAUUAUAUCUACUGCUUUUACACAACAAACAACAUUGUUGAUGUAAUUGACAACCGGAUGCUUCCAGAUGGGGUGAGCGUUGAGGACAAAUAUGGCAAAACUUUGAAAAAAAUGCAUGAAGGAUUCAAAGCCUUCUGUGAGAAAGUGCAGAUUUCAAGCACAACAAGUUGGGUCCCCAGAAUCUUAUACAUGCCAUGGAGACAUAAUAGCAAUCACGUUGACUGUGGAGUAUAUACUUUGCGUCACUUGGAGACGUUUCGUGGGCAAGGACAUGUAUGGGAUUCUGGAUUUGCAACUGCUGCCACAAAUGAUGGAAUAAAAGCUCAAAGUGAAACAAUCCAAAAGAUGAGAGUGAUGUAUGCAGCUCAAGUUUUACUGUCAAAAUUUAACAAAGAAAGGGAAAACAUAUUGAAAAAAGCAAAAGACUACUUGAAGAUGUAAUUAAUUAAUAUGAUGGGGUUACAGUCAAAACAUUUCAUGGUUUUAUGGAGGGUGUGGUGGUAUGCGUUAUGCUGUAGUUAUCUGUUUGUAUGCAGUAGCUUGUAAUGCAGUGGUAUGGGUUUUAGACAUUUCUUGGUUUUAUGCAGUAGCUUGUAAUGCACCUCAAAAGUUAUCUGUUUAGUAUGUGGAAAACUUAUAUGUUGGAUUAUGAUAAGUUGAUGUAAAAUAGUUUGUUUUAUAUGUUU